AUGAAUAAUUAUAACUUUAUUGUGAGGAUUUUUAAACUUCUAACCUUAAUCACUGCUACACAAAGUGCAAAUAUACUCGUUUUUGCACCAAUGCCGUUUAAAAGUCACUUUACUGGAUUUCGACCAUUAUUCAAAGAACUCGCUAGCAGAGGACAUAAUCUUACUGUAGUCAGCACAUUUCCACUGAAGACACCACUGCCUAACUACACAGACAUUCCAAUUUCAUUAAAUGAAAAUAUUUUAAAAGGUAUCAACCCAAUGGAAUUAGCCAGUCAUGGUUUUUUGACAGUAGUGCCUAGUUUGUGGAAACUGUCUACUUCUUUAGCUCAAAAAAUGAUUUCCAAACCAGAAAUGCAAAAUUUCAUUCUAUCCCAGGAUUAUGAAUUCGAUCUAGUUAUGGUGUUCUCAUUUUGCCAAGAAUAUUCAAUCACACUAGGCCAUAAGUACAAAGCACCAGUUAUUAAUUUAGGCGUUUCGACGCUGUGGCCUUCUAAUAGUAAAUGGAUUGGUGAACCGUCUACAUUUUCAUACAUACUUGACCAGCGAACCGGAGCAACAGAUCAAAUGUCAUUCAUCGAACGGUUCAAAAACACUGUCGUUGGAAUUUAUCAAUUAUUUUUGGAAGAUUAUUAUUAUUUACCUUUACAAAAAGAGAACAUGGAUAAAUACUUUAAAUAUAAAGGUCACGAAUCUAGGCCUCCCAUUGAAGAUAUGUUGAGAAACGUAUCAGUGACAUUACUCAAUGCUCAUUACAGUAUCGGUGUGACUAGACCCUACCUGCCGGGUACAAUAGAAAUUGCAGGACUUCACGUGGACGAACCUAAACCAUUAACCGGAAAAUUUUUGGAGUUCGUUGAGUCUGCUGAGCAUGGAGUAAUAUAUUUUAGUUUUGGUACUAUUGUGGAUCCGUCCAAUUUACCGAAUUCAACGAUAGAAGUUUUCAUAAACGUUUUAAAGAAACUGAAACAAAAAGUAAUGUGGAAGUGGGAUUCAAAUAAUCUGCCACAGUUGCCCGAGCACGUAAUGGUUAGCAAUUGGUUCCCGCAACCCGAUAUUUUAGGUCACCCAAACGUUCGUCUGUUCAUCACACAUGGAGGUGUACACAGUCUAGAAGAGGCUACCUACAACGCUUUGCCAAUCGUUGGUGUCCCUUUCUUUGGCGACCAACACAUGAACAUGAGGUUAGCCGAACGCAAUGGCAUAGGGAAAAUGGUAGAUAAUGUUGAUUUGACUGAAGAAUCCAUGCUGUCUGCCAUCAAUGAAGUUCUUACAAACACAAAAUAUAAAGAAAACUCGAAGAUACGAAGUGAAAUAUUUAAAGAUUCCCAUCCAAGACCAAUGGAUCGAGCUGUAUAUUGGAUUGAAUAUGUUCUCCGUCAUGGCGGGGCUAAUCACCUUACGAGUAGUAGUGUUGUACUGAAUUAUAACCAGUAUUUCCUAGUCGACGUUUAUUUUGUAAUUAUUAGCACGACUACUAUUAGUAUGUUUUUAAUAGUAAUGAUGAUUAAAUACAUUAUGAAAACUAAAGAUAUCAAUCCAUCGAAAAAAAAAUAA